UCAAUACAAAAUGCUGUAACGAAAUACGUAGAUCCAUUCUGCUUAUAGGUUUAACUAUAAGGAUCUUUAUUUGUGUUUAACUAUGUUGUAAUCGUUAAGAUAAUCAGUGAUGAGUGGUUCGGUGCUUGUCGAGGCUACUUCCACGAUAGAGGAGGACCUUUAUGCGUUCAAAGAAGAGCCUGAGUCAUCAUCCAUAAGCUUGGAGACCCAAGCGGAGGGCGCAGGCGCAGGGAGCGGGAAGGCGACAGUGCCGUGCAAGGUGUGCGGGGAUAAAGCAUCUGGAUACCACUACGGCGUCACUUCGUGCGAAGGCUGCAAGGGUUUCUUUCGGAGGAGUAUUCAGAAGCAGAUCGAGUACCGUUGCCUCCGCGACGGAAAGUGCCUGGUCUAUCGCCUGAAUAGAAACCGGUGCCAGUACUGCCGGUUCAAAAAGUGUAUCGCGGUUGGCAUGAGCCGUGACUCUGUAAGGUACGGCAGAAUUCCGAAGAGACGCGACGUGACUCCACCAGAGAGUAUGGCCGAUCUUGCAAAAAACCUGGCGAACAAUGAGCCCGCGCCAUCCGCCCCUGCGCCGCCCGAGCAAGAGCAGGACGUUGAUGCAAUGGAGGCGUCUAAAGACCUCGCAAAAAUGGUCAUCAUGGCACACCGCAAUCUGAAUUCGUACACUGAAGACUUUCGCAGGUCACUGCAGUUGCAGACGUUCAUCAUGAAAGUUGACGAUAAUCGUGAAGGGCAAGCUGGAAGCAGUGGCAGCAAUGCCAGCACUAGCAACGCCGACGCUGCAAACGCCGCCAACGCUGCAAACGAAGCCAACGUUGCUAACGCCGCCAACGCUGAGAACGCCGCAAACGCUGCGAACGCCGCAGGUGCUUCAUGCAGCGCGGAGCUAGCUGUCAAAGUGGAUGGUGCGGCUGACGACGGUAGCGUCGCCGCAGCCAGUCGUCUCGAAACCCUCACAGUCCUCUGGUCCAACGUCGCCUACCGCAUGACCCCCGCUGUCCAACAAGUUGUCGAAUUCGCAAAACGCUUACCAGGCUUUCAUAUCCUGCCGCAAGACGACCAGCUUAUUCUGAUCAAGCUUGGAUUCUUCGAGGUAUGGCUGACCCGCGCCACACGCAUCUCCAAUCCGACGGCGAUUGUCUUCGAUGAUGGUACUUCGCUGAGCCACCGCCAACUUGAGUCAAUGUAUGAUACUUCCUUUGCGACCGGAAUACUAUCGUAUGUUCGAGGAGUGAUCAAUUUGGAGAUGACAGAUGACGAGGCUGCAAUCUUUACUGCUUGUCUGCUCGUGUCACCGGAGCGCAAUGGUCUUAGCGACCGCGAACUAGUCGAAUCACUCUUGCGCACCGUUAACGAAGCAUUCAUGUAUGUGAUGACUGAGAACGGUACAGUUAACGUCGCUAAUCGUCUAGAGUCAUUCAAUGCACUUGCACAAGAAGUACGCGUGCUUGGUGAUCGCCACCACAAUCUACUCAGUUGGUGCCGUGGCAACUGGCGUCGACUUGAUCUGCCUGCCCUCUUUUCGGAAAUCUUCGAUAUACCGAAGAACGAAGAGGAGUACAUACCAGACCAUGCUGACCCCGCUUAGGUGGUCAAAAAUGCUACAAGAUUGUCGUACAAGUACCUGCUAAUAACAACUACACAUUAAUUGGAACGUCUAAAAACAUAUCUGAUACAAGAAUAAUUUGAAUUUAUGUGCAUAAAAUAUAAUAGUCACCAUUUUAUAUUACGAAAAUACAUAAAUUGCAAAAUAAUUGUACGAAAAUCUAGGGCAUACGUACAUUUUUAAAUAACGCUUCUUACGCACGAUUUUAAAGGUUUGUGUCGAUUUGUUGCUACAAUUGGUUUAUAUAGUAGUCAACACUACGAGGGUUUUAUUUGUUUUCAAACAAAUUGUCUAUUAGAAGGGCACUCUAUUUACGAUUAAUUAGUGAUAUUAUGUAUGCAUAAUAUACGUGUAUUGGUAUAUCUUUAUACGUAAAGCAUGUAAUCAUAGUUCUAGUGUAACUUAAAACAUAUAUCUGACUCGAUUUAUAAGAGAUUGAUUAUUCGAAAGGUGAUUAUCAUUCGUUCCACUCUAUUGGAUAAUCUCAUUAAAAAGUCGGGCCAUCUUGAUUUAAAAUAUCUUCAAAGGUAUAGAGUCAGGUAAAUGUAUUCUGUAUUUUAAUUAUAUGCAUAUAAUAAUUCGUGUUGUCGCUAAAUUGUUUCCUAUUCGCGAAUUAUUGUACUUUUACUUAAGAUUUAUUAAUUUUAGUUCAAGGAAUGUGAUAUAGUGAAGAUGGCCAUCUUAUACUUAUGGUCCGCUAUCAUUUGUUAUUUGUACGGUAUUCCAAGUACCGUAAAUGGUACAAAUAUUUUUUUAUCACAAAUUCUCAAAUAUAGAAAAAUAAUCAGAACCGACGCAGAAAUAAUUCUAUCGUACUGUUUAGUUUGAAGUUUCAUCGACAGAAAGAGAAUGAUAGUGGGCCCAGUAUAAAAACAAGAACAAUUUUAUGGCAUACGACUGAUAACUAGUGUUUAUUGGAUUAUAUAGCUGAAGGUCUAUCAUUUGUUUAAUUAAAGAUUUCAGUUAAUAUUUAGUUUUAAGGAAAAAUAACACCUUUUUUUGCUCAACUUCGAUUAGUUUAAAUACGCGCACUCCGCGUUUAUUAUUAAAUUACCUAUGUUUCUACUAUAUAUAAGCAAAUUCCCUUCUGAAAGUGAUAUGAUUUAGUUGAUGUUAGGAUUUUAAUUUUUCAGCGUAGUACUUGUGAAUUGUAAUGACAGCUUCACGCAAAAAUUAUCUCGGCGCAUAAUGCGAACCUAAUUGUAAUGUAAUUAUUCAUUUAACACUUUUCUCUAAAUGAGUGAAGAGUGUUAUACAUAUCUAUUAUAGACGUAUAAUUCAUAUUAUUGAAGAAAUACAAUUUGAUUAUUAUGUAAAUCCGAAAGCGUUCUCUGUAUUGUUAUGUGACAACUGUUAAACGUAUUCCAAUCAUUUAAUUCAUGUUUGUAACUACAUAUCCUUUGCGAACAUUGAAAAUAAUUAAGCAACUAGUUACAAAAGUAGUUUUACAGAUAUUUUAAGUACAACCUCCUCGCCAAUUACAAAUAUAUAUACGAUUUCAUAUAUAUCGAAUGCAUUACUGAGAUACUUUUGCGGAGAGCUAUCUAGAAAGUGUUGUGAAUGGAUAUGAUUUAAAUGCAUUUAUUAUCUAUUUAGUCACUUUAUGUUUGAUGUUUCAACUUUCGAUAGAACUUUAACUGGUAAAUCCUUAUUUGUAUAAGUAGUUGCAUUAUUGUUAUUUACGAAAUCUGAGAAGCGUAUUUCGUUUCGUUAAUUGUCUUAGAAUUAUUUCUUGUUAUUUUAAUUUGCUAAAUUUUAAAUAAAUUGGUUUUCCGU